CAUGGUUGGGUGCAUUCCUCCCCCCUCCUGACAGGCUUCCUUCCGAUACCUUCCUCCCAGACCCCCGACGGGGUCUGGUCUGUGUGCUCCUCGCAAUGGCCGUGCCGCUCGCCUGGCGCGCGCUUGCGGCCGCGGCCGUGGCGCUGCAGGGCCUGGCGGCCGGCCUGGCCGCCGAGCCUGCCGCCGCGGGCCGCGGCGCCCUGACGGCGGGGCGGAGGGGCCCGAGGGCUCUGCGGAGCCGCGCGGGCCCGGUCGACCCCACAAACGCGAGCCAGGUCGUCAGCCUCGCUCGCACGCUGGAGCUGGCCAGGGCCCUGGCCGGGGAGGGCGCGCCGCGGAGGCCGCGCGGGGGGGCGCGGCGCCCGCCCGCCGCCGGGGUCGCCCAGCCCGUGCUCGACGAGCGCAUGAGGAUCGGUGGCUCGACGAGGCGGACAAGGCCGCCGACGAUCUCGAGAGAGAGGUGAGCGAGCAGGAGGGCGACCUUAUGCAGGCGGUCCCAAAGUCCCAGGAGGAAAAGGACCUGGAGAAGCUGCACGGCAUGAUGGACGCCGUCGACCCGAUGAACGCGACCGAGCUCUCCGAGCUCGGCGAGUCGCUCGAGAGGAAGCGGGAAGGCGAUCUCGCGGGCGAGGCUCCAGAGUCCAAGUUCGAGAAGGACCUGGAGAGGUUGGAGGACAUCCUGGAGGAGGUCGACGAGAAGAACGCGACGGAGGUCUCGGAGCUCGGCGAGGCCAUCGUCGCCAAGGCGCUCGCGCAGGCAGGCUGGCCGCGCAGGAAGGUGGCGAAGCACCAGCACCUCCGGAAGACGCCCCGCCUCUCCAAGAGAAAGAGGCAGGCCAUCGCCAAGGCGAUGGUUGAAGAGCUGAAGGUGCUGAUGAGCACCAUCUCGAACGACACGAACAAAGUGGACAGCUCAGCGGACCAGGAGCGGGAUGCCCUCGAGAGGAUCGCGGACAAGUACGAGCUCGACAGCGAGAACAUCACGGGCAUGGACAUGAUCGACCAGCUGUACCCGAGCAACGACGGCUGGUACAACGACGCGGUCGACCGCCUCCACCGCUCGGACGAAAACGAGACGCAUGAAAUCGGCGAGGAGAUCUAUGAGGAGGUGGAGAGGCUGCAGGCGGAGCUGGAGCAAGCGCGCGCCCAGCAGAAGGUGGCCCACGGCGUCGGAGCGGAGGAGGAGGAGGAGGACGAGGGGCAGCUCGGAGGCGAGGGCCGGACGCAGAUCGAGGAGCCGGUGCAGUGAGAGCUCCCCGCUUACCCUCCCUCCCGCAGGUCCGCUGCCUCAUCUCAUCUCACCUCGUCAUUCCCCCCUCCUCCCUUUGCCAUCGUCCCUCCACCCCCCCUUAGCACGGGGCGCCGCGGGACCUCCGGCGCGCGCCCUGUGAGCAGCCAGGCCGCCGUGGCUUGCGGCCAGCCUCGUCGUUGCCGCCGUCCUCCGUGCGUCGCUCGUUCAUACCCGCGGAAUCGAAGAAUCA